AUGAAAGCAAUCGCUCGUACGCCAAUGCGCGUUCCAAAAACACCACGAGCUGCGCAGGCGCCAGCAACUACAGAUAAGCGUCGCGAUUUGUCGGGCAAGCCGCAGGAUCCAGUCAAUGUGUUCUGCAGAGUGCGUCCACUGCAAUCGGAUGCGGAUCUGACAUGUAUGCGCGUAAAGAACAACAACACAAUUACAGUAAACACACAGGAUCAGCUGACUCAUCACAAGCAAAACGGCGCGCAACGCGAGAUACAGUACAUCUUCAAGCACGUUUUUCAGCACGAUGCUUCGCAGCAGGAUGUGUUCACAGCCGUUGCGUUGCCUUUGGUGGAUAAUUUAGUACGCGGUCGGAAUAGCUUACUCUUCACUUAUGGCGUCACAGGCAGUGGCAAAACGUAUACGAUGACAGGCAACUCCAGGCAUCGCGGCAUUAUGCCACGUUGUCUGGAUGUACUCUUUCGCACUAUAUCCGACUAUCAAGCAAAGAAGUUUGUGUUUAAGCCAGACAGAUUAAAUGGCUUUGAAAUCUUAUCAGAGGAGGAUGCAUUACUUGAGCGUCAGCUUGAGAUGAAUCAGCGUUUUGCAGGUUCAGGACGCUUUGGAUUUAGGCGUAAGGAAUCAGAUCCAGAAAUAGCUUCGCAGGCAUCUGUUGAGCCGACGCCGCUAAAUGUACUCGAGGAGGACAACAUGUACUCUGUGUUUAUUACCUAUGUGGAGAUGUACAAUAACAGUGUGUAUGAUCUGCUCGAAGAUUCUGGCAUACAGAAGUCCUUGCAAUGCAAAAUUAUACGUGAGGAUGCCAAUCAUCAGAUGUUUGUGCAUGGUGUUACCGAAGUGGAAGUAAAGACAGUGGACGAGGCAUUGGAGGUAUUCCAAAUGGGUCAGAAGCGCAAGCGCAUGGGUCAUACUGUACUCAAUGCAGAGUCCAGUCGAAGUCAUUCUGUGUUCAAUAUACGUCUGGUGCAGGCGCCUACGGACUGCCAGGGCGAACAUGUAGUGCAGGAUAAGCGAACAAUAACCGUAAGCCAACUGUCACUGGUGGAUUUGGCGGGCAGUGAACGCUCGUCACGUACCAAAAAUACUGGCGUGCGUUUGCGCGAAGCUGGCAACAUUAAUAAUUCCUUAAUGACACUGCGCACCUGCCUGGAGUACUUAAGAGAAAACCAACAGCUAGCACCCAACCUAGCCAAGAAAAUUCCCUACCGUGAUUCCAAGAUAACGCAUAUGUUUAAGAACUACUUUGACGGCGAGGGUCAGGUAUCAAUGAUUGUUUGCAUUAAUCCACGUAUGGAGGAUUACGAUGAGAAUAUGCAAGUGAUGAAGUUUGCUGAAAUGACGCAGGAGGUGCAAAUAGCACGUGCUACGCCCAUGAAAACAGAUUUGGGCUUUACGCCAGGACGCCGCAAGGCUAACAAGCUAUUUAAAAUUGCUGUCAACAAUCUCAAUGAAUUGGGCAUACCCGAGGCCAAGCAGCUUGAUGUGGAUGUGGGUUUGGUAUACAGUCUAGGACCAGACUUUCCCAACUACUCCAUGGAUAGUCCAGAGGCGGACAGCAAAAUACAGGAGCUUAUGCACUAUUUGGAGCAGCGCAUUGAGAAGCGUCGUAAAUUGCGCUCCAACAUGGAUAUUAAAUGUGACAAUUUCCGUCAAACACUUAUGAAUAUGGAUCGCGAUAAUCUUCAGCUGCGCACAGAGUUAGCUUCACUCAAAGUUGUCUAUCAGCAAGAGCGUGAGCGCAGUGCCGCUCUGGAGAAUAAGGUGCGCAUACAUGAGAGCUCCAUUGAUGUGCUCAAUAAUACGGUGAGCAAGCGCGAGCGCAAGAUACAAGAGCUAACGCUAAAGUUAUCCGAGCAAGAGCAUUUGGUCAAUCAAAAGGAAGAAGAAAAGGAGAAGCAAAAGAAAAAAUUCAACUCUAAAUUGGCGGUUGAGUCGGAUAAGAACAAACGCGAGUUUGAUUUAAAGCUGCGUGAGCAACGUGCUAAAAUGCAGGAGCGCAUGCGCAUUAAGGACGAGAAGCUACGCUUAGUGUCCAACAUUCUGCAGUCGGAGGAUGUGCCCAGUUUGCCGCGCUCCCAAAGCUCAGAGGACCUGCUGAACGAGAAGGAGCGUGCAGGCACAACUGGUGUCUUCACCGCACGUACAGAGUCCUCAGUGCCGGCCACAACACGCACAGAUGUUUACUGCACACCUAGUCGACAUGGCAUGGCUGUGGCAAACAAUCGGCAUCGCCGCUCGCGAUCCGCUGGAGACAAGUGGCUUGAGCAUCGUGCUGCUAAUCCGGUACCUCUGGGCACCAUUAUGCAGCCGUAUCUGAAGAACCGCAAGUCGGUUACAAAGCUAACAGACAUGAAGGAAUUAACUGGACAUGGCGCCACUAAAUAUUGCCUCGUAUCGCAAGAGGCUGACACGGAUGGCGAUGUGGAAACUAAACUGUACAAAGGCAAUGUGAUUCCCACCUGUGGUGGUGGUGCGCAAGUCGUCUUUAACGAUGUCGAAUGUCUGAAGCAAAAGUCGCCAGUGCAUUCACCCACACGCAAGCGUCCAAGCAAUGGCAAUCUGUCCACAUCGGCUUUUGGCGGCCCAUUGCCCAGCAGCGUCAUUACUUCCGUCCAAGAUGUUGCUUCUCGUUGCACUAUGGGCAUCGAGGGACACAACAGUAAGAAGUCGAAAAUGUAAAAUAUCGAUGAAAACUAUAAAUAUUAUCAAGUGUUUAAAGGAAAUUAAUUAAUUAGUAUUAAGUACCAAUUACAAUAUUACACAUGAAUUGUAACCGCGACUGAAGCGACUUGUUUUGUGUUUAUGC